AUGGCAUCAAGUGAUGAUUUAAAGAAUUAUUUGCGGACAGCACUGAGUGAUGAUGGAUUUCUCAGGGAAAUGAAAGCUGAUAUCAUGAAGAGAAUUUUUGAGAAAAUAAGAAAUCAAUCACCUGAAGUGAAAACACCUCCCGUUUCAGAUACUCACUCAAAUAUGAAAUUGUUGAUCAAUGAAUUAAUCAUUGAAUAUUUAAAAUUUGAAAGUUUAUCAUUCACUGAGUCCGUUUUUCGAACAGAAUCUGGUCACGGGAAUACUCAUAGUCUGCCUAGACGGUUUGUAUGUCAAGCUUUACAGAUAAAGCCUACAGUAAACAUUAAAUCGCUUACAUCAAGAAAUCAUGUUGAGUUGGACAAUCACAAGUCGCAUAAUGAAUUAAUUGAACAACCAAUUCCUCUACUCUACUACAUUGUACAUUAUCUUAUGGUAAACGGGUUAGAAAGAACGUGUCAUAAUGAAACAUGUCAAGAGAAUGGAUCAACUACCUUCCGAUCGUUGAAUGAUGAUAAAAGUAUCAAUGAUGGUGGUAAUCUGGCAAAAUUGAAUACUGCUGUGCCACUAUGUGAUAAUCUUGCUUCCUCUUUCACCAAACACAGGCAUAUACACUUUAAUCCUGAACAUAUAUCCAUUUAUGAAGAUCAAGUGAAUAUCAUAGAUCGAACUCUACGAAUUCUGAAUCUAACUUCUAUUAAACUUCAAAUAAAAAAUAAGUUUUUAUUACAUUAUGCACAAAGUAUUGUGUUUAUUUUGCUUGUUCACUAUUCAAUUUGCUGCAGUACUUCUUUAUGGUACAUAAAUAUUGGCUUUAAUGAAUUUUCACAUCUCGAAAUUCUACAAACGUAUUCUACCAAUAAGAACUGGGUAGCGAAAUCUCGAUGGUGUCCGAUAAUUCUGUAUCGCAGAUCAACAGUUAAAAGAAAAACACUGAAAAAAUAUAAAUGA